GUACACACGUGUUUAACCAGCGUAAACAUGGCGGACCUGCAGAUGAAACUGCUCCGAAAGAAAAUACAAAAAAGAAACGAGAAGAACAAAGAGCGCAAAGCAAAGAGGAAGGUUCAGAAAAGAGAGGAUGAAGAGGAAGAGGAAAACUUCAUCUGUACGUCAUCCUCUGACUGCUGUGUUGCAGUGAGUCUUUCUAACAAUCUGGAGGAGGAACAAAACUCCUCAUCCUCCGACAUAAACCUCCAUCCGGAGGAGAAAGAAGCCAGGGGACCAGAGGAUGAUUCGAAAGAGACAGAAACUCCUGAAAAGAAGAAGAAAAAAAAGAAGAAGAGAAAGUUACCAGGAGCUGCUGAAACACCAGUUGAAAAAAAAAUUAAAGUCGUGAAAGAAGCAGAGGAAGAUGAGGAGGCGUCAGGAGCUGAUGAUGACAAACCAAAGGAAGAUGGAGCUCAGGGUGCAGAGAACGGUGACGAGGAGGAUGAGGAUCAACCCGAGUUACCGUCUGGAUUAACAGGGGCGUUUGAAGACACGUCAUUCGCCUCGCUGUCUGAGCUGGUGAGCGAGAACACGCUGAAAGGAGUGAAGGAGAUGGGCUUCGAACACAUGACCGAGAUCCAGCACAAGAGCAUCCGCCCCCUGCUGGAGGGACGGGACGUGCUGGCGGCCGCCAAGACGGGCAGCGGGAAGACGCUGGCCUUCCUCAUCCCCUCCAUCGAGCUCAUCUACAAGCUGAAGUUCAUGCCCCGGAACGGCACCGGCGUGGUGAUCCUCUCCCCCACGCGGGAGCUGGCCAUGCAGACGUACGGCGUGAUGAAGGAGCUCAUGACGCACCACGUGCACACGUACGGGCUCAUCAUGGGGGGCAGCAACCGCUCCGCCGAGGCACAGAAGCUGGCCAACGGGGUCAACAUCCUGGUGGCCACGCCGGGCCGCCUGCUGGACCACCUGCAGAACACGCCGGGCUUCAUGUUCAAGAACCUCCAGUGUCUGAUCAUCGACGAGGCCGACCGGAUCCUGGAGGUGGGCUUCGAGGAGGAGCUGAAGCAGAUCAUCAAGCUGCUGCCCAAGAGGAGGCAGACCAUGCUGUUCUCGGCCACUCAGACCCGCAAGGUGGAGGACCUGGCCCGCAUCUCCCUGAAGAAGGAGCCGCUGUACGUGGGCGUGGACGACAACAAGGACAACGCCACGGUGGACGGCCUGGAGCAGGGCUACGUGGUCUGUCCGUCGGAGAAACGCUUCCUGCUGCUCUUCACCUUCCUCAAGAAGAACCGCAAGAAGAAGCUGAUGGUCUUCUUCUCCUCCUGCAUGUCGGUCAAGUUCCACUACGAGCUUCUCAACUACAUCGACCUGCCCGUCAUGGCCAUCCACGGCAAGCAGAAGCAGACCAAACGCACCACCACCUUCUUCCAGUUCUGCAACGCCGACUCGGGCAUCCUGCUGUGCACCGACGUGGCGGCCCGAGGUCUGGACAUCCCCGAGGUGGACUGGAUCGUCCAGUACGACCCCCCCGACGACCCCAAGGAGUACAUCCACCGGGUGGGCCGGACCGCCCGGGGCAUCGACGGGCGGGGCCACGCCCUCCUCAUCCUGCGGCCCGAGGAGCUCGGCUUCCUGCGCUUCCUCAAACAGGCCAAGGUUCCUCUGAGCGAGUUCGAGUUCUCCUGGGCUAAAAUCUCUGACAUCCAGUCUCAGCUGGAGAAGCUCAUCGAGAAGAACUACUACCUCCACAAGUCGGCGCAGGAGGCCUACAAGUCCUACGUGCGGGCGUACGACUCGCACUCGCUCAAGCAGAUCUACAGCGUCAACACCCUCAACCUCCCCAUGGUGGCGCUCUCCUUCGGCUUCAAAGUGCCUCCUUUUGUUGACCUCAACGUUCACAGCAGCAAAGGCGUGAAGAUGCAGAAGCGCGGCGGCGGAGGAGGCUUCGGCUACCAGAAAUCCAAGAACGUGCACAAAUCCAAGAUCUUCAAGCACGUCAACAAAGGGAAGGGCGACCGGAGGCAGUUCUCCCGCUGAAGACACAAACCUCUCCCACCUACCCCCCUCUUCUACAGAUUCCUGUUUUUUUAUCUAUGAACUCGAGGCGCCGUCCUCUGUUUGAUGUCGAAGGAAUUCCUCAAAAGUCCUUCUAGUUAUCUGAAUCCUCUGCUCGUUCGCUCUCAGUACAUUAAAGUCUCCUUCAGGAAGUCAAGUUAAUCUUUUAUUGUCUUUUUUAUGCUCACAUGAUACAGAAAUAAAGCAUCUCAACA